GCAGCAUCACCGAACAAAUAUCUCCAGUUCUGUGUUUGUGCGUAGAGCGGGCGCGAGCUGGCAAUGCUGGAGCUGGCUGCUGAUUUGAUUCUUUAAAUUGGAACUGCUUUAAUUGACGUCCGCGCAUCGAUUUAACAAAUUCUUUUAAAUGACACGCUCAGACGUUUCGCGCGCUGGGAAUUUGGACUUGAAGGCGAUGGCGCGCGUGAUGGAGUCUCUCGUGGACCCGACGCAGGUGGGGACCCGCUAGUGGACAGCUCGCGGGGGAACUCGCGGAAAUGCGGGUACUGGGCUGGAGCGUGUUGUGGGUUCUGGCCGCGGUGCUAAGAGCUCAGAAUGACACGGAGCCUAUCGUGCUGGAGGGCAAGUGUCUGGUGGUGUGCGACUCCAACCCGGACGCCGACUGGCGGGCGUCAAACUCGCCACUGGGGAUCUCGGUGCGUGCCACCAACUCCAAGGUGGCUUUCUCGGCGCUGCGGAGCAACAACCACGAACCCUCCGAGAUGAGCAACAAAACCAGGAUCAUCUACUUCGAUCAGGUUCUCGUUAACAUCGGAAAUUUCUUCACGUUUGAGUCUGUGUUUUUGUCCCCAAGAAAAGGAGUCUACAGUUUUAACUUCCAUGUCAUUAAAGUGUACCAGAGCCAGACUAUACAGGUGAACCUAAUGUUAAAUGGGAGGCCUGUCAUCUCAGCUUUUGCGGGGGACAAGGACGUAACCCGUGAGGCUGCCACGAAUGGCGUUCUGCUGUAUCUGGAAAAGGAGGACAAAGUCUACCUCAAAUUGGAGAAGGGCAACUUGGUCGGUGGAUGGCAGUACUCGACAUUUUCUGGCUUUCUCGUCUUUCCGCUGUGAAGAAUAGGAAAACAACAACAGUUUGUAAACUGCCUAACUUCUCUUUCAUAUUGUGUCAUUUCCAUAUGCAUCAAAAACUGACUGCCAAAGCAACAUCCAAAACAAGUUUUGGAUGAUGCUUUCUUUACCUAGAGAAAUUCUGUCAUUCAGACUGACCCCAAAGAGAAGUAUCUCAUAUCCCCAAGCACUUUUUUGAGUGUAUCUGCCUUUUUGCUGAUGAAGGUUAUUGUGCUGUCGCCAAAAUUCGAGAACAAUUUUUAUUUCAAUGUAGCUAUUUUUGCUAACAAAUCCCUACUGUUUGAUUGUUAAAAUGCAUAUGUUUAUGUCAACGAUGGCAAAUUUUCUUUGUUUAUAUGUACCUUAUGUAGUGUAUAAAUACUCUAUGUAUAUUUAUGUUCAUAGCGUCUUUUAUCUGACAGCGCAUGUCUAAACUGAUGAAAAAUAUGCAGAAAAUGUUAAUCAAAUCAGAAACAGUUUAUCAUUGAACUGUAAUAAAAGGGGAAGAAACGGCUUUAAGGUCACAAAAUUUCCAAGGAGCUCCUGUAAACAGGAUGUUCUAGGAAGUUAGCUGUCUUACAUUUAGUUGUCAGUAUACUCCAUGCCUAUCGUUAUCAACUUUAAGACAGCAUUGUUUUUAUGUUUGAACUAUUUUUAACUUUGUUUUGCACUGGUAUGACAAUUAAGAAUGUUAAACAAAUAAGGCAUGUGAGGUGGGUCUGUAAAGCACUUGAGGUUUUGUUCAACAUGUGUCUUGAUUUUUUUUUCCUGCAAUUUGAACAGUAACAAUACGAUGUUUCUAUCUAUCUAUCUAUCUAUCUAUCUAUCUAUCUAUCUAUCUAUCUAUCUAUCUAUCUAUCUAUCUAUCUAUCUAUCUAUCUAUCUAUCUAUCUAUCUAUCUAUCUAUCUAUCUAUCUAUCUAUCUAUCUAUCUAUCUAUCUAUCUAUCUAUCUAUCUAUCUAUCUAUCUAUCUAUCUAUCUAUCUAUCUAUCUAUCUAUCUAUCUAUCUAUCUAUCUAUCUAUCUAUCUAUCUAUCUAUCUAUCUAUCUACAUAUAUGGGGCAAAACCCUAACUGGAGGUGAGAGCACGUGAGAGCAGAAUUAAAGACGCCAUGAUUUUAACGAGAUAUUAUUGCGCACGUACGUUUUAUGGGUGAAACAUGGUAAUAUAACAAGGGUCGCGAUGCAGAAAUCGCAGACAUCAAGGAGUGGUCGAGAUUUUCAUUUUCAUAUAUGUACGCUUUUAAACGUUUUUUUCAAUUUUUCUUUGUUUGGAUCGAUUAUUUAUCAUUUAAAUAUUGGGGGAAAUGCGACAGUAAGGACAAAAACACAAGUAGGCAAUAGUUAUGAGGUAGAUAUCCGUGAGUUUUUUAGACGCUAAUUUUUUCAUCGUGACGUAAUUUGUUUAAAAGUUUAAAAUAUGAGAGUGAAGAAUUCUUUUAAAGUCAUUUUUUUAAACUAAAUAUUAGACAUCAAUGAUUCUAAGCUACAAAUGAGACAUUUCGAAUAAUAAAUACGAUUACUUACCGUCUUUUUAUGGCUAGGUUGAAACAAAAGCGGUUGCACAACGUCUGCAAACGGGGGUUUCCAGGGUAAAACGGACAACUUAAAAAUAAUUCGGCAACUUAAUGCGCAAUGAAUCUGCUAUGGCAGCAUAUAGACAUAUUGUUCUAACAAACACAACAGUUCUUUUGGCCAAAAAUAAAGAAAUUUAUUUUAAAGAGGGGCGCAAGAGCAGAAACUGCUUUUUCAGCCUUGUCUGUGCUUUCCGCUCUAUAUAUACGUAAAUCAGUCACAUGACGUGUUAUGUGGACAUAAAUUAGAUAUGUAUCCUAUGUUCUGGUCAUCUGACUUAUAUGUCACCAAAGACAACAAACGCCACAUUUCUUCAACAAGAAAGGGAGGCAUGAGAAGCAUUGGUGAACAUACUGUCGGAAGCCGAACACAGUCAGGGGUAAAAAUACGCUAUAGAAUUGAGAAAUGUAUGCGUGGAGCGGUCGUGGAAAGGCUUGAGUAACCUCCCAAAAUAAUCUCACUUCAAGGAAAAAAUCCUUGAAAUUGCCACAGAUUUGUCCAUAUUACAAACCCACUGUCUCAUCACAUUUUGUGUGCAUCUUAUUAAAUUUGGGCAAAUAUGUUGGUAGAAAUUAGAUGUGUUUAUGUAAUUUGAAUGAUAAAAAAAAAAAAAAAAAAAAAAUCUCAAUUGAGUAUCAUGCUAUGGAGUGUGAACGGAACCUAAGCAUAAAUGUUAUAAAUUUGAUUUUCAGUCUUGUCAUUAAUAG